CCCCGCCGGAAGCGGCGGGCGCCCGGGGGAAGCGGCGGCGGCGGCGGUGGCGGCGGCUCCGCCGGCGAGAUGCCCUUGGCUAGAGAUUUAGUGCACCCCUCGCUAGAGGAUGAGAAGAAAAAGCACAAAAAGAAACGUCUUGUGCAGAGCCCAAACUCCUACUUUAUGGAUGUAAAAUGCCCAGGAUGCUACAAGAUCACCACCGUAUUCAGCCAUGCUCAGACAGUAGUUCUGUGUGUAGGGUGCUCAACUGUCCUAUGCCAGCCUACUGGGGGAAAGGCUAGGCUCACAGAAGGCUGUUCAUUUAGAAGAAAGCAACACUGAAAAGUCUCUUCAACAUGCUUACUUGGGAUCUGUGCCCCUGAAAGCCUUACCUGUUAAAAAAAAUGCCUGUUAAUAUAACAAUGUAAUUAUGGUUGAUUUUGUAAAAAUUAUAUACCAGAAGUGACUAAUGAGCUGGAAUCUCUUUUUCAAUAAAUGGUUCAAAGUGCAAAUUUUUCCUGCAA